AUGGCUUUUGCUGCGGCCUUGUUUCUGCUGCCCUUGGCCAGUGGAUAUUGCCAGCAAAAGCCGGGAGAACAACAUUCCUUCGAGUGCACUUUUGAUGGUCAAAGCGAGCCUGAUAUCAACGUACCAGACUCCUGGGUGACUGAUGAGUCCUUUCAUUUGUCCUUGCAGGUGCGGUCACAAGUUCCCCUUGGCUUUAAAAAUGAGACUGAGUGUCAGCAAAAGGAGAUCGCUGCAUUGGUGGGCUACCGUGGCAACUACGUGUCUCUCUACACACAUGGCCAAUACAGCAUGGGUGAAUGUGGUCUGGCUGGAAAGGGAGCCGUUCUCUUUUGCCUGAAGGGUGCCACUCCGGCACCCAGGAUUGAAAUCUCGUUGGAAGUGGAAUCCAACCACCCUGCCGGGAUUCGAGUAGAUGGACAGAUCCUGCCAGCUCAGAAAUGGAAGCGCAACUUCACCAUGACUUUCGGUGGCAGCUGGGGCCGCAAUGCUUUUCACAUUUUCACGAUUCCGGACAAGAGUUCCAUCGACCUUUGGCGUCUCAACAUGGACGCACGUCGGAAGACAUCCAUCUUUGAGUCCAAUGCCUCUGUACCCACCAACACUGUCUUUUUGAUCCAUGAGAGUUCACCCUGUGUGUCUGGCAUCAUGGAGGGUGGUGGUUGCUUUGACCCUGAGUUUGUCGAGACCUGUGUGAAGUCCGUGCCCAUCUCCUUCGCAUCAGACAAAAGGGAUAGGAUGAAGGUUGCAAUGUACUUGACCUUCCAGGACACUGCAGCCUUGACCCUCAGCAAGGGAUCCCGCCCCGCUCUUCAACCAGGAAAAUGGCUGGUCUUUAUUGCGUGUGGCAAUUCCUUUCUUGACCGAUGCCCUGAAACGACCGUCCAUGUCGAGUCCUUUCAGCAGUCAAAUCUCAACUGGAGAUUGACCAGUGGCGUGUUGGUGGUGGUGCUUGGAAUGCUGGGGGUUCUUUUCAUGGUGAAUGCCAUCUAUUGGUUUGCAUACUUCGUUCUUUACCGAAUCAGUGAUCCUGGCCGUGAGACUCACAAGGAGCAGCUUUGGCCAGUACUUGUCGGCAGCUGCAGCCGCGCUCAUAUGACCGGUUUGCGGGACUUGGCGAUGUUGGUCGCAAGGCCGCUUCCGUUCUUUGCCACCCUGCUGAGUCUCAUGCUGGGCGUUUUCUUGGCCACCACGGCCCAAUUUGUACUCACACACUACGGCCUCAUGGUCAAGAGUGGAAAUCGAGAUGUUUGUUUCUACAAUGAACGGUGCUACUACCCAGGUGUGAACAGUGACCUGCCUUGGAACAAUAUCAUCUCUAAUCUGGCAUAUUUUGUGGCAGGAGCCCAUGUGAUUUGUCAAGCGUUCUUCGCGGAGACUCGUUGUCGGACUUUCUCAAAGCGGGCGAUGCAAAAGCUUUUUGCUAUAAUGGACGCUGACGGAAAUGGCCAACCCAUGGGCUACUUGAACCGUGAGAAAUGGCAUGGGUUAUUCUUCAAGGCAGAUCUCAACCGCAGUGGGCGGGUCUCAAGAGUCGAGUGGAAAGAAGCAUAUGGGACUCGUUCGGCCUUUGACUUCAUUGAUCGAAAUGGCAAUGGGAUGCUGGACAUCUCAGAGUGGGACGAUGCCUUUGACCGUUUGGAUGAAGAGAACCAUGGCAGUGUCUCGGCAGAUGAUAUGAUACGAGUGGCAUUGGGACCCAGGCAGAUUGACCUGAGGGCUUUCUUUGCACUGGGAGUGGCCUUUGUGGCUGAAGGUGUGGGAAGCAUGUGCUAUCAUUUGUGUCCCUCUGUCGAGACCUUCCAAUUUGACACCUGUUUCAUGAUUCCAAUUGCUAAUGUCUUCACGCUGGUUCUUUUGGACUGGGACCUCUCGCCCAGACCAGAUACCGUGACCGCACUGAAGUAUAUUAUCUACGUGUUAAUACCCUUGUGGCUGAUCAUUUUCAUUGGGACGUGGUAUGACAUCGGGGUGUUUGCCACCUCGUUCUGGAUAUACUGGUUGUACGCCCUGCUGGUGAUUGUGUGGUCCGUCCUCGUGGACGUCACGGGCAUCCGGCGUAUCUUCCAGGCGCCCGGCCGGUGCGGUGUUGUAGCCAAGCGGACAUUGCAGAUUGUCCUUUUGCUUUCGGUGGUCGUUGCCUUCUUUGUCCCAGAUGUGCGUGUCCGGUAUCUCAGUGGCACAGCAAACUUCUUCUUAGAGAUCUCAAUCCUUGUUAUGAUUGUCAUCGUUAGCCGGCAGAUUUAUGAAGAGGACCUGCGUUUUCUUACCUGCGAGCUGCGGGAGAUGGGUGCCCGCAUCAUCAAGAAUACUCACGGCUCCUUGAUGGUAGCCGUCGCGGUCAUGGCUAUGAUAUGCUUCACCAACAAGGUGGUCAUUGUUGAGCCUGGAACUCCUCCAGCUGUGAGUCGCGAGGAUAAUCAGGACUGUGUCUUUUCGAUUUUUGAUUUGCAUGAUUUAUGGCACUUUUUGUCAGCCACGGCUUUGGCACUAUUUGCAAUGCUACUCCUUGAUGUGCGAGUGAAUUCAUGGGCUCGGAAGAUGGGCAUCGAAGUUCUCUUUGAGCGCCCCAUGUUUGAUGACGACUCUAGCGAUGACAGCUCAGCCUCAGCCUCUUUUAUCGACGAGGAGAGUAUUAGAUCACUCUCACCCUGCAGCUAG